AUGCUAGUUGUCAAUCGGGUUCCCGGCAGCUUUGUUCCACGGCGGGUCCGCUGCUUGUCCACCACGGAACUCACAGCGAUGGCAUCGUUGGAUGGCUUUCAGGGCCACUUCGACAUGCUCUACGACCAUGAGCGGAAUGAGGCCUAUGCGGAAGCCAUUCGACGGGCUGUGGAGAGGAAGACGAGUUCAGAACGGUGGACUCCAUUGACCGCUGUGGAUAUAGGAAGUGGUGCGGGCCUAUUGGGUCUUCUUUGCUGGCAAACAGGCCGCUGUUCUCGUGUGGUGCUCAUCGAGGCCUGUCCACCCUUAGCCUCCGUGGCACGGGAGAACCUGCAGCGCAACGGGGCAGAGUCUUGCUGCAGAGUUUGGGAGGGUCAUUCCAACGAUCUUCUCCAUUCUUCUGCAACCUCUCAGGUUGAACCCUUCGACCUGUGUGUGUCAGAGCUCCUGGAUUCGGUGUUGAUCGGCGAAGGGGUGUUGGACUCCUUACGAAAAGCCUGGGCAUCGCCAUACUUGGCUCCAGGCAAGACCAUGCUGAUCCCGGAGCGUGCUCGGGUCAUGGGACGUCUCUUUCGGUCUGAUGCCAUCUAUCGGCGCCAUCGAGGAUGUGAGGAUCUGCCAGAGGAGAUGAAAUCGUGUCCAGGGCUUCAUGCAGCGGAGCAUUUGCACCUGUGGCCCUUCCUGCAUGCAGGCUCCGUGGCGCAGCGGUGUACGGCCAGCGCGGAGCGUCUGGUCCGCAGCCUAACCAAUCACCGUGCUCCACAUGCUCGUGCCAGCAUCGCGCUGCUGGGGUUAGGCUCGGCGCUCUUUGCUCGCUACCGACCUCGCUAUCUUCAGGGCCUGAACCGGUCUCGUGCUGGCUCGCGGACCAGGAGUGCUGCAACCCGUGUGGCAGAAUCUGUGGAGACCUUGGCCACUGCCGAGAUUGGCUGGAAAAGCCUGGCACAUGUCUACUGCAUGAACUUGGACCAUCGGAAAGAGCGAUGGGACUUUAUGCAACGGCAGUUUCUGCAGCUGAAGAUGCCUGUGGAACGCUUCAGUGCUGUGAACGGUCGGGAGCUGGAUGUGCCAGAGCUCGCCAUGAACGGGGUCAUUGCCAUGGAAGCUUUGCCUCGCUACUACCUGCCGGACGAACAGAAGCUGUUUGGCACCGACUUGACAGCAGGCGCCAUUGGCUGCGCGCUCUCACACAUGUUGAUCUGGCGCGACAUCGUGCGUCGAUGCGCCGAAGAUGGCAUUGACCCUCGUGCGCCUUUCUUGGUCAUCGAGGACGAUUGCCAAUUCGCCCCGGACUUCUCCGAGCAGCUGCUCUUGGAGCGCCUCUCGCACGUUCCUGAGGAUUGGGAGAUCGUCUACCUUGGUGGACAAGAUUUGCUUCGCAGGCAGCACUUGUACGAAGUUGGAAAAGGAGUUCGGCGACUUUACAAGGGUUUUCGAGAGACCACAGCCUACCUCAUCAAUGAUGCCGGGGCCAAGGCUUGCUUGGAGGUGAGCGUUCCGCUCUACUGGCAGAUCGACACCCACAUGAACGAUGAAUCCCUGCGCGAAGGACUGAAGCCUCCCUUGCCUGGUCAUCAGGACCAAACCAUGCAUCCCAGGGGCUACUUCCUGUGGCCAGGAAUCUGUGCACAGCAGCGGGAGGGCUUCCCCACUGAUGUGCAGAAGAUGGAGCAUGACUGA